AGGGGUACUCCACCAUUACAAACAUUGCACGAGCUCCAAAAAACGGCCGUGGACUCUCCGGUGAGCAAAUUCCCUGUUUUGCUCUACUCCCAAGCAAAGUUGAAAGCUAACCCCCAAAAAUCUUCCAUCCCAAACACAUCGCCACAUCGCUCGUCGAUGUCGCCUCCGCCAUCCAAUUAGCGUCGAAGCCAAUAAAACAAAAUAAUUAGUAAAAAAAAUUCUUGAUGGCGAUUCUUUACGCGGUGGUGGCUAGAGGCACCGUGGUUCUGGCGGAGUUCAGCGCUGUGACAGGGAACACCGGGGCUGUGGCACGGCGGAUCCUCGAGAAACUUCCCGGGGAGGCCGAUUCGAGACUCUGCUUCUCCCAGGAUCGGUAUAUCUUUCAUAUACUCAGAUCCGAUGGCCUGAGUUUUCUCUGUAUGGCUAACGAUACUUUUGGAAGGAGAAUUCCAUUUUCAUACUUGGAGCAUAUUCACAUGAGGUUCAUGAAAAACUAUGGCAGAGUGGCUCAUUAUGCUCCAGCAUAUGCAAUGAAUGAUGAGUUCUCACGGGUGUUGCAUCAACAAAUGGAGUUUUUCUCCAGUAAUCCUAGUGCAGAUACUCUUAAUCGUGUUAGAGGUGAAGUGGGUGAGAUACGUACAAUUAUGGUGGAAAACAUCGAGAAAAUACUAGAGAGAGGCGACAGAAUUGAGCUUCUUGUUGACAAAACGGCGACAAUGCAAGAUGGUGCAUUUCAUUUCAAGAAACAGUCUAAACGCCUUCGUCGAGCUCUUUGGAUGAAAAAUGCCAAACUCUUGGCCCUGUUGACAUGCUUGAUUCUUCUGUUACUUUACAUAAUAAUUGCUGUUUGCUGUGGAGGCAUCACUCUACCUUCAUGCCGAUCCUGAGUGGCAGUCUUACUGGUUUAAAUUUCUGAAGAGGGGUAUGCAUUUAUCUUGAAGACUAUUUGUCCAAGUUUGUCCCUGAGGAGGCUCCUUGCUUUCCAAUUCAAGGUUUUGAGGUGUAUUUUGAAACAUGGUGUCUGUACUGCUCAAGGUUCCAGAAAGAAGUGUAUAUUUCACAGCUGUUGCUGCACCUCACCUAGAUAUUCGUCUUGGAAGAAUGAGUUGCCAUUCCAUUGUUGCAGGUCAUCUUUGUAUUCUGUAAAUGCAUGGAUUUAGUAUCUAUUAUAUUUAUUUUGGGGUUUUGAUGAUAACUGCUUGCUGUAACUUCAUAAUAUUGUCUGCUUCUUCUCACAAUCAUCUGUUCAAUCAUUUUAGUUCUGGUGUAUUUAUAUUUUUCUUUCU